GAACAUGCUUCAUGGGAAGCCCUUAGUGUUCUUGUGACAUCUCUGACAUUUCCUCUGCUCUCUGGCUUGCCCUGGGAACAGCAACUGCUUUCUGAUGGAGCUGGUGCCCCAGGGAAGUGGGUGGAGGCAUUUCUUUAAGCAGAGGGUGUCCUGGCCAGAAGCUAGCUUGAUGCAGACACUGGCUGGGCUGCAGGACAAAGGGCCAGAGUCUCUCACCUGGGGACCCAGUUUGCAGGCAGGAACAUGAGCCGCCUAGACACGAGUAGCAGCUGCUCGUUCGAUGCCGUGGAUAAGCUGAUGAGUACCUUGCAGCUGGCCGUCCACAUCCCAACCUUCCUCCUUGGCCUGGUCCUCAAUCUAUUGGCCAUCCGAGGCUUCAGCACCUUCCUGAAGAAGCGGCAGCCAGAAUACAUCGCCACUUCCAUCUACAUGAUCAACCUGGCUCUCUUUGACCUGCUGCUUGUGCUCUCACUCCCAUUCAAGAUGGCCCUGCCGCAGGUGGAGUCCCCCUCCUCAGCCUUCUGCACUCUGGUGGAGUGCCUCUACUUCAUCAGCAUGUACGGCAGUGUCUUCACCAUCUGCUUCAUCAGCCUGGACAGGUUCCUAGCCAUCCAGUACCCACUCCUGGUCAGCCACCUCCGGUCCCCCAGGAAAACCUUUGGGAUCUGCUGCAUCCUCUGGGUCCUGGUAUGGAUUGGAAGCAUCCCUAUCUACACUUUCCAUAGGGAGGGGAAAUACAAAUGCUUCCACAACAUGACUGACAGCACCUGGAGUGCCAAGGUCUUCUUCCCCCUGGAGAUCUUUGGUUUCCUCCUUCCCAUGGGCAUCAUGGGCUUUUGUUCCUAUAGGAGCAUUCACAUUCUGCUGGGUCGUCGGGACUACAUCCAGAGAGCCUGCAUCUGGACCAUCGCUACCAAUCUUGUCAUCUUCGUGGUCUCCUUUCUCCCAGUGCACUUGGGUUUUUUCCUGCAGUACCUGGUGAGGAAUGGCUUCAUCUCAGAGUGCAGGGUCAAGCAGAGCAUCAGCCUGUUCCUGCAACUGUCCCUGUGCUUCUCCAACAUCAACUGCUGCCUGGACGUUUUCUGCUAUUACUUCGUCAUCAAAGAAUUCCGCAUGGGCAUCAAGGCCCACCGGCCCUCCACAGUCCAGCUGGUCCACCAGGACACCGUAAGCACCAGGGGUUAAGGGAAGGGACCCCUCUCAAGGGAAGGAAAUCCUGAUCCCAAAUUCUCAUAAGGAACAUCCAGUGCUUCUUUGACACUCGCUAAGUACCAUCUUUGUUCUUUAUACCCCUAAGACUUUUCCACAGCACCUGAACGGCUGACAUAUGUCAUGCUUGUUUGGGGUUUGCUAAAAAACCAGGUGACUUCUUCAUUUCUAAGUCCAAAAUGUGUGAAGCAGAAGAAUCAAAAAAGAAAAUGUCACUUUAAAAAUCUGUUUCUCAGCUUUCCCAUCUUUCUGUUCUGUUGGAAGAGUCUAGAAGGGAAGAGAGAGAUGGAGAAAGGAUUAGGGCAGGGAACCAAGAGCAGUUUGGUGGAGAUAAGGGAUAGGGAGAAAUAUGCCUUCAAGAUGGAUCAAGCUUACCCUUCUUCUCCAGACCCUUCUGAAGCUCUGUUGACAAUAAUCUCACAGAAAUCAUGACAAAGAGGGCUUUUAAGGGCUGAGCAAAUUCCCUUCCGGCCCUAGAAAGGCACAAGAGGCCAUCCAAACCUCCUCAUGCCCCUGAGAAGGAUUAGAUGGAGGGAGGGGGUCCAAUGGGGGCAGAGUGGAAAGGGACUAGAAUUUAUACCCAGGGAAGGAAAGAGACAAGACACAUGGAGCUGGAACUGGACAUCCUACUACCAUCCAGUAGUAGUGCUAUCCCAGAGCUAAGACAGCCUAAAAAUAAUAGCUGUCUUGAAGGUGGCCAGCCUUCUAUCUUGGACAGCCUUGAACUAGUUCAUCAGACCAAUAUGAAGGGGACGAGAAAAGAUUGGUCUUAACUCGGUUCAGCCAUAGCAGCAUGGAGAAGCUGUCCUUAUCGGGUCCUUGUUGGGCAGCUGGCACUGGUGACACCGUCUAGGACGCUGGCCAGGAAUCGGAGGGGAGGAGGGGCUUUCUUCAUUGGGCAGCACAAAGCUUGGAUUGGAAGAGGGUGGUGAGGCGCUCGCCAGUUCCUGGAGGGAAGGAAGCUGUAGACAGCUGAAUCAGUGUUGGAGCCUCAGCGGCUCGGCUCUUCUCCCCUGGCGUGGGGCUCACAGAGACAGCUGAAAGCCUCGCUUGCGAUGACUCAGCUGCUCCAGAGAGUGAAGCGAUAGAAGGAUAAAUUGUGGGGUGUUUCUGCAAGACGGAAGGAGUGGGAUGAGAAGAAACCCAUGAGACUUCACAUGAAUACGACACAGGUCUUCAGGAAGAGAUGCGGGCAGCCGCAGCCCUAACCAACAGAUCCCACAGGAUAAGAGGCUGGGGGAGGGGUGGAGACAUGGGGAGGGGUAGGGGAAGACGGGGAGGUGUGGCUAUAAUCUGGCACCGACCCACAGAUCCCAAGCUGGAAGUGAGCAAGGAUGUAGGAGAAAGGAGGAACAGGAAGGGGAGGAAGAGGAAGGGGGGAGGGAGAGGAGGGAAGGAGGAAGGGAGAUGGGCAGGAAGGUUGAGACAGGGAGGGAUAGGAAAGGGGAGGAGCGAGGGUAGAGGCCCAGCAGCUUCCUCCUGAGAGCCUGUCAUUCCCCUUGGACUGGAGACCAUGGAAGGGCCAGGGUGGCUGUGGCAGUGUUGAGGUGGCACUGUGGAGCCACCUGUGGGCCACUGAAGGGAGACUUAAGGAAGAGAGUUAAGGACCUCCACAGGGGCUGGAGGAGAGAGGUUACCAGAAUCAGAGUCCCACCUCAGGGCUGGGCCUCCAGGAACCUGUCGGUGGAGACAGGGCUGUGCAGACCCAGAAGUGAGGGUCCCAGCCGAGCCAGAGAUACCACGCAUCACACUGAGACAGCCUGACUGUCACCUACAGCAGAGCAUUUGGGACCGCUUUGGGUUAGUCCAUGACUGGGUAGGUCUUGGGACCACCUCCUCCAAGUUCUCUCUGUUUACAGAGCUGUUAGCCCACCAACAGAGUCAAAUAGUCCCUCGUGUGCAAGUCUGUCUGCCAGGCAGGCUUCUCCCGAGCAAAGGCUUAGCAAGCCCUGACUACCCACCAUCCCCAUCGAUGACCAAAGCUAAAACCUGGUGUGUGUACAGCAAGACUAUGGUGGAAAGGGCUUUGUGUCCCCAAGAGGAUCAUUAUCAAAAGGGCAGGGAAUCUGGAGCCAUAAACUGAGGAACGGUAAGGACAAGGUCCCUGGGGGGUACAGCAGUGUCGGAUUGGUGUGGUGACUCUGGACCUGAAGAUAGGGAGGAAUAGGGCUUGAGAAUGCCCUGAUUCAUUCCAAAAUAGUGAGUGAAGGGAAGGAAAUUCUUGACUUUUCCCUUGGAGACUUACUUGGGUGUGUCCAGACUCAGGUUAUCAGUCCUACGGGUCCUCAACGGGCAAUUGGACCGGCAGUACAGGAAGUGGGGAGGGCCGCGUUAGAGUUGGGGUGCAGCAGAUGCCACCAGUGAGGGAGGGAGGGAAAUCUAGGCCUUAGUUGUGGAGAAAGCCCAGAUUCCUGUUACUAACUAAUUAGAGGCUGUUGUUCAACCACGAAUAUGACCUUAUUUGUACCCAGGCUAGAAAACAUCAGCUACAUGUACAUGAAAUCUUGCAAAAUUAAUUGGAAAACCAACUUGAUUAACAUGAUUUACCAAAUAAAUAAAUUCAUUCAAUGCAUUAUGA